AUGAGUAGUGGGACUGCUGAGCAGCAACAACUCGGAAACGCAGGGGAGAGAGCUGAAGACGGGAAGCCGCCUCGGCUCCCCCAAUUGAGGAAAUUUUCGAAGGAGUCGGUGCUCGCCGCCGCGCCGCCUUCUGCCCCGCUCCCUUUUCCUGGUGGUAACUGCUGUGGCACUCACCCGCCUGCCUUGCCUCGCUUUUCCCUUAGCCGACUCCACGCGCUGCCGCGUCCUCACAAGAGACCACUGAACGAGUGUCGGGGAAAAAACUCUUCAGAACCGGGCCUGAUUGCUUCAGCGAGUCCGACCUUUACGGCUGAGAGACAGACUCUCAGCUUUCGGUGGGUUCCACAGCCAGACGGGCCACCAUCUUACAUUAGGAUCGUUGUUGUUCGGUGUUCUACCUGUACGGCUCUGCGCAUGAAGUUCACCAACCACCACAUAUCAGUACAUCCCAACGAAUGUUCAGAAUGUACUCGCAAUCCCUACGAGCGCCGACAAAUCCUCAAUCACAAAAAUCAAGUUCCUGAUCCCACCCGCUGGUCUCCUAGAGCUCUGGUGAAAGUGGCGCUCGAAGCACUCAGUUUUGCUUAUUGCGUGUAUUCUUCGCCCAUUCAUACAAUGAAUGCUCAGUGGGCUCCUCCUGUGUGCCUGGCACUGUUCUAUAUAUGGGAAGACUACGUUUUUUCACUAUCGAGGCUAGAGACAACAAUUUAUUUGGUGAAACCUUAAAGAACUUGAUAAACUCGCGAUUAACCAUAAAUUUGAAAUUACAAAAUCAUGAAAUUAC